AUGGGAGACACGAAUGGAAUCAUUGUGGCUGGUGGCCAUGGACAAGGUAAUCGACUGAAUCAACUCCGCUGGGCCAGCAACAUCUUCGUCGAUCGAGAUCAUUCUGUCUACGUAUCCGAUUUUGCCAAUAAUCGUGUAAUGAAGUGGAUGAAGGGUUCAAAAGAAGGCAUUGUCGUGGCCGGUGGCUUGAGAGAAGACGUUCGCGACGGGCUUCGUUACGGUCGUGGGAACGCUCUGAAUCAAUUACACUGGCCUCGAGGAAUAUUUGUUGAUCCAUUCGACACUGUCUAUGUGGUAUCUUCGGGGAGUGAUCGGGUGAUGCGUUGGUGCAACGAAGCUUCACAAGGUGAAGUGAUUGCUGGUGGAAAUGGCCGUGGACGACAAGCAAACCAGUUGCAUGCUCCCGAAGGCUUGUCAUUCGAUCGACAAGGGAAUCUGUAUGUGGUCGAAAAGUAUCACGAGAAGAUAAUCUACACGUUCGUCUCCAGUUUGGAAUCACUUCAUCAAAAAAGUCAUCGUAAUAGUGGAUUGUUGGGGU